CUGAGCAGGCUACGGACCUCAAGCUCAAUGACACAAGCGCACAGCGGAGUCCCAGCAUACGGUAAUCGCAGACGUCCAAAGCCUGUGGGAUCACACAUGGGCGCAUGACCACCGGGUUUCCGUCCAGUGUUCUGUCUCCAGGUCUGGUCUACAAAUUGUUCUGGAAUUAUUUAUUCUGGUUGUUCUUUGAGGUAGAGAGCGUGGUUCGAAGGGAUCGUAAAUGAUUUCUCUUCCGUCUUUCUGUUGCUGUAAAUGUUCACGAGGCUGACAAAACCGUGGAAAACGCUGUGUUUUCCAUAAACUACACAAACUUCACAUGGGAGAUAGCAGCUCGUCUCAACACGAUUCUCUGCCAAGUGCGCGUUGGUGGUUGCGUUCUACUGCGGGAAAGAAAUAUCGCUUCAACGCAGACUUUUACGCCUCAAAGUCAGUCGUUACUUUCCCAUGGAUUUCACUUCCAGCCUCUGAAAAAGGGGCGUAAGCUACCAUAUGCGGAGAUCAGACAUUCCUACUCUUGCGGUUGCAGAGAACAAUCUUGGGCCACGUACUGGUGGUAACGCAUGGAAGUUGAAUUAAUGCAGCCGAGCAGAUUGGAUGGUUAUCUUAAACUUCUACGUGCCCACCAUUAAAAGAAGAGGAGUCGGGAUUGAUUGGGCAAAAGGGCCUGCAAAAUACAAUCAAAUGAAGUGGUACACUUUCUUACCGGGGGUUCAUGCGACACAAGUUCACCGAAUUUGCUGGUACAUCACAAUAGAAGGUGUAGCAUUUCUGUAGCAUUUCCAUCAGUCUGUGUCAAAUGAUUGAGCUGUCAUUUCAAGUGUAUUGAUAUUAGCAGUUUUAUUACAGUGCGUGUGCCAUUACCAUCAUACCAUUAUGGCAAACGAGAAUUCAUACGACAACCGCGAUAUUGUGCAAAAUUACAUUUAUCACAAACUUCUUAAAAGGGGAUACGUGUGGGAAUUCAACAGCAUAGCAGAAAUAGACUCUCCAAAUAACGGCGUGGCGGACAACUCUGAAGUUUACGCCCGGAGACUGCACGCGGACGCGGCUGGAGACGACCCAGACUCCCCGGUGCCCUCCCUGCGCUCGCGAGCCGACCCUCACGCACGGUUGAACCGGGUCCUCCGCGAGGCAGGGGACGAGAUAGAGAGGAUGUACCAGCGGGACUUCGCAGCCAUGGGGGACCGCUUGCACUUCACCCCGGGCACCGCUCAGAGGAAAUUCGCUGCGGUCGCUGAGGAGCUGUUCAGCGACGGCGUCAACUGGGGUCGGAUCGUCGCCUUCUUCGAGUUCGGAGGAACCAUGUGCGUGGAGAGCGUCAGCCGGCAGAUGGUGCCCCAAGUGGAUCUCAUAGCGCACUGGAUGACGGAGUACUUCGACGGGCCACUCCAUAACUGGAUUGAGGAGAACGGCGGCUGGGAUGCGUUUGUGGAGUUGUACGAGCAUCCUCGUGACGCGGUGCCUCCAUCUUGGCCGUACCUGAAGACGGUGUUGGGAAUGGCAGCCCUGGGCGCGGCCGGUGUCACCAUCGGAGCCCUCUUCACCCAGAAGUGA